AUGAUGUCCCCAGAAAAGGAACAAGAAUUAUCUCAUAAGAUCUUAGAGAGGGCUCAAAUGGCUCAAAUGACCCGACAAUUAAAACUGGGACUAAGUAAAGUACCACAAACUAAAUUACAUUCAAGCUACUCUGCAUCUAAUAUGCGAAGUAAUACUAUAGAAAGCCAUAGAGAUACCAACAACAACAACAAGCAGGAGCCAAAUGAUCGAGAAAAUGAUGAUAACAAUGAAUUGACUGAUUCAAAGAAAAGAUCGGGGGAUGCGAUUGAAUUAACCACGUCAAUCAAUUUGAUAUCGCCAACCAAGAAACAUCAGUCAGAAGAUAUUAACAAUAAAAGUAAAAAUACAAGUGAGAGUAAAAUUAAAAAUAGAAAUGAAUCACCAAACAAUUUAGGAUAUUCCAAGAUCUCGAAGUCAAUUAGUAAUAAAUUAUUACCACAAAUUGAUAUAAAGACAUCAGAGGAUAAAAGUACAUCCGAACUUACAAUGGAGGAACAAGAUAAAGAAAUAUCGGAACAAGAUAACAUCGAUAAAAGCACAGAAACUCCAAGCGGCACACCAACCACUCCAAAAGCCAAUAAAAAUGCUACCUUUUCUUCCGAUAAUUCAAUCGCUUUCAACAAAAACAAUGAAAAGAUAUUUAUGACACCAAGACGUGGUGGAGCAUUUGGCAACAAAAAGGUUUUCGGAGGCGGAGGUAUAACUACCGCUACGACAAAAGAAGGCGGCACUGAGCCAGGUGCAGAUCUUCUAAUGUAUUUGGCUACAAGUCCCUAUACAGCAUUACGUCCAAAUACCUCUUCAGAAAAUAGAAAUGGAUCCCAAAAUAAUGAUGAAGACAAUAACAAAAGAACAGAUAGUAAUCAUAGUGAUGGAACGGACGAAACAUAUGUAAGAAAUAGAACCAGUAAGAUACCAAGUACACCAUCAUCUUAUCCUCACCAUGCAGGGGCAGAUGAUGCAAUCCGAUUUUCUAACAUGAAGCCAUCCAUAUCAUCACCACAAUCUACUUUUAAAGUACCACAUAGCGUAUCUAAUAAUGCAUCAAUUGCCUUCUCAGAAGUGUUAAUGGAGUCACCGUCCAUGUAUAUGGGAACAGGAAAUCAUAAUACCAAUAAUGGCUCACAAAUGACAUCAUUCUUAUCACCACAGAAAAGGAGAACAAGUUUUGCCCCAGUAGCUGCCAAUAUGAUGAAUGGUAACAAUAUUCAUAAUCAUACUCAAUCUCAAAAUCAAACUCCCAAAUAUACGAAUGGUAAUGGUAAUGCCCUACUGUCACAAGUACCAACAACUCCAUCAAGGGAUUUAUUAUCCACAUCAUACGGUCACAAUUACAACAAUAUGAACAACAAUUUGUUAAAGACACCGAACUUUAAUAUGGGAGAUUAUAUUCAUAAUCUUUUCAGUCCAUCACCAAGAGUAUCAUUAAAUCAUAGAAGAGGCAGCGUAAAUAUGAACGGGAACCCAAUGAUCUUACCCAACGGAUUCGGAGCGUUCCCCAAUUCAGAUACUUCAUCAAUGUAUGGUCCCCCUCUUGUUAUCGGGGCAAAUCAAAUGGGUACCAAGUCUAGCACCUCUGCUGAUGAAAAAGAUGAAUAG